UUCCCCUCUCAGAGACUCAGUCCGCUCUCGUGUCGGCCCGACCUCCGCCUCUGCCCGGUCAGACACCCAGACAGACCCCGCCGACUGCUGGGACACACAAGUGGGGAACAAUUAGCUGGGACACGACGAGAGAGAGAGAGAGAAUAGCUUGUUUGGGGGGGGGGAUUGCGGGUCGCAUUGCAGCAUUUCACACAUUCUCCCAUCUGAAGCCACUUUUUUGUUUUUACCCCCCACCAUUAAGAAAAACAAACUUUGUACAUCAUGGAAAGAUGUAAAAAUCAGUCUGGAUACUAAACUUGGACACUAAAUGCGCCCUUCUGAGCACAACCAGCGGGCUGGGCACACUCAACAGGACCGUUAGGUUUUUAGCUAGCUAGCUAGGUGGAACCAGGACGACUUCAGAGACAAAGGCAUUUUUCUCUGUUUGCGAGCCGUAUUUUACGCUUCACUACGGGGGAAAAACACCAAAGAUGAUGUCGGGGCUGAGUGAGUGGUUCUGGCAGGAGCGGCUGUGGUUUCCAGAGGGCCUGGGCUGGGCCGACCUGGAGGAUCGGGAUGGACGAAUAUACGCCAAAGCCCGCGACUUGUGGGUGGCGCUACCCAUCGCCCUUGUAUUCCUCAUUAUCCGUCAGAUCUUUGAAAGGACGGUGGCUACACCGCUGGCCUCUCUGCUCGGGGUGAAAGAGACAGCACGGCUUAAAGCCCCUCACAACCCCACACUGGAGGGCUACUACUGUAACAUUACCAAAAACCCCACACAGACUUCAAUAGCAAGCCUUUGCAAGCAGACUGGCUAUUCAGAAAGACAAGUGCAGCGAUGGUUCAGGAGACGAAGGAACCAGGACAGACCGAGUUUGCUCAAAAAGUUUCGAGAGGCCAGUUGGAGAUUUACCUUUUACCUUCUUGCUUUCAUUGCUGGCCUGGCCGCCCUCAUCGAUAAACCUUGGCUGUAUGACCUGCAGGAGAUGUGGCAAGGCUUUCCUGUGCUGACUCUCCUGCCAUCUCAGUAUUGGUACUACAUGAUUGAGCUGGGUUUCUACAGCUCUCUGCUCUUCAGUGUGGCUUCUGAUGUCAAACGCAAAGACUUCAAGGAGCAGAUUGUUCACCAUGUAGCGACCAUCCUCCUCAUCAGCUUCUCCUGGUGUGUUAACUACAUCCGCGCUGGAACUCUCAUUAUGCUGGUGCACGACUCCUCUGAUUACCUCCUUGAGUCUGCUAAGAUGUUCAACUAUGCUGGGUGGCGAAAUGCCUGUAACUACAUCUUCAUUGUAUUUGCUGCAGUCUUCAUUGUCACUCGUCUGGUCAUCUUCCCCUUCCGGAUUAUUUACUGUACGUGGGUUUACCCAGUGACCAUCUAUGAACCCUUCUUUGGCUACUACUUUUUCAACGGACUUUUGAUGGUUCUGCAGUGUCUACAUAUCUUCUGGGCCGUCCUCAUCAUACGCAUAGCACUCCGUUUCCUCACUAACAAUGAAAAAGUGGACGAUGAAAGGAGCGACAAAGAUGAAACAGAUGAAUCAGAAGAGGAGGAGGAAGAGGACGAGGAUAAAAAGGACAUGAAGAAAAAUGGACCGGUGCAGAACGGUCACACAGUCCACAACAACAACCACAGCAAGACAGAUUGAAAGCAAACGUGUCAGGAUGAAAGAAUGUGAGAAGGACUCAUGUCCCUCAGUGGGGGAGCAGAAAGGAUGAAAAGAGAGAGAAAGAAGAAGGGGUGCGGGUUAGGGAGGGGGCAAGUCAUUCCCUACAAACCAAGAACAGCAGGUAUCUUGAGGAAAUUUGACACUGUUACUUUUGCAGAACACAAAAACACACUCACACAUGUUCAUUCGUACUUUUAGAGGCCACAGAGAUCCAGCAGAUGAUAUACACUACAUUAAGUGACAAGGCUGUUUUGCUUUGAAGCUUUGAGAAAAAUUUAUCAUUGUCAGUGUGUGAUGUCAAUCCCAAAAUUUCAAAGAGACAGGGGAGAAAAUGGAGAGGAGCAAAGUGUGGAGAGGACACAGGAGGGGGGUGAUGCUGCUUCUACUUUAGCUUUCCUUGUUCUGUGUGCCUUAGAGCCAGCUAAUGGCUAUUAAAAUGCCAUUUUAUAGCUUUCUGCUUUAAUCUUGUGUUGCUUUAUUUCGUCGUACCUUUUUUGUUUUCUACUUAAAGAACAAAAGAGAGUGAAAGUGAGUUUUAUUAAAGUGAGACAAUAGGGCAUUUAUUUCCCUGAUUUUCUGUCUAUGCAAUUACGUAAAUGUUAAGCUAUUGCAACGUCUUUGCACAAACAUACAGUGUCUCUUAUAUACUGUAACAACUUGCAGUAGGACUGCAUGCCUCUGCUCUCUAAUGCGGCCUGUGCCAUUUGUAAAGUAGUCUGCCUUGUAAGGUUGAAGGAGUAAAUUUGGUGUUAGUUUUUUAGAUAAACAGCAAGGAAAUCUUGCUUUCUUGUUUUAAUUUCUGUUCAAUUCUUAAUCCAGUAAAGCUCAUCGUGUACAAUUUCUGCUUCCAAAAGAGAUUUCUGACCUGCAAAGGUUAUUCUCAAUUCUUUGCUGUUUGAGCAGUCAGGGAUACCCGGAAAUGAGUGCUCAGCACAAACACUGCAAUAGAAAUCACAGCUUCCUGCUAGUUUUGAUGGAGCUGAAUGUUUUUCCCUCUCUGGUUUGGCUGAAGCUCUUUGAUCCAGUUGAGUCUUGAAUCACACUGCUGAUGUCGCCCGCUGAAAACCGAUGACUCUCAAUAAAAUCAUUGUGAAGGUGGGUUGCUUUGUUGAAAUACUGGAGUUUUACUAAGUCGAAUGGAAUGGGACAGAUCAACCAUUUCCAGAUUUUACAAAUAUGAACCAGAUUUCAUCAAUUCACUGCCUAGUAGCCUGGGUUAUGUUUGUUUACCAGGGUUAGAAUUUAACUGUUGAUCUAAGUGAAUGAUUUUAGGUAUGAUUCUGUGUAUGAAACGGGUUUACAGGUAUUGCUAUUUGAUGUUAAGGAGGUAAAAGAUAUGUUAAUCAGUUUUUAGCUGUUCAAUGUUUGAGUUUUAAGACUUACGAGGAAUUCAUAAAAUGAGUGUUGCAGGUUUGUUGUCAUGCUUUAAAGUUUUUUGUAUGUCAAGUGCCUUAUCUGUAAUGUAUGGGAAGCUCUCUCUCCUGUCUUCAUGUCCUCUCGUUUUCUUUCCUGUCUCCACUUCACAUCACAGAUCCAACUCCAAGACUGGUAUGUUCUCCCUCCUCCCUCCACUGUCUCAUCCAUCACUCACUUCUCUCCUCUUCUUUAUAAAUUACCUCCCUUUCAAACUCACCCUAAUUCCACCAUGACGUUCUUUUUUACUAACCCAGACCAACCAGCAACCUCCUCUUCCCCAGAGAUACAGAAGAAACAGCUGUGUCCUAAUUACAGUGUUGUUUUUUUAUUUCGUAUUUUUUGUUAAAAUGAAAACUAAGUAUUGUUCUUAAUAAUAAAAGCAAAGAUCUUGAAUCACAA